AUGGGACAUAAUAACGUGGUUGUGCCCCCUAUUCUAAGCAUGGGACAUAAUAACGUGGUUGUGCUCCCUAUUCUAUGCAGGGGACAUAAUAACGUGGUUGUGCCCCCUAUUCUAAGCAUGGGACAUAAUAACGUGGUUGUGCCCCCUAUUCUAAGCAUGGGACAUAAUAACGUGGUUGUGCCCCCUAUUCUAUGCAGGGGACAUAAUAACGUGGUUGUGCCCCCUAUUCUAAGCAUGGGGCAUAAUAACGUGGUUGUGCCCCCUAUUCUAAGCAUGGGACAUAAUAACGUGGUUGUGCCCCCUAUUCUAAGCAUGGGACAUAAUAACGUGGUUGUGCCCCCUAUUCUAAGCAUGGGGCAUAAUAACGUGGUUGUGCCCCCUAUUCUAAGCAUGGGACAUAAUAACGUGGUUGUACCCCCUAUUCUAUGCAGGGGACAUAAUAACGUGGUUGUGCCCCCUAUUCUAAGCAUGGGACAUAAUAACGUGGUUGUGCCACCUAUUCUAAGCAUGGGACAGAAUGACGUGGUUGUGCCCCCUACCCACUAA